AUGGCGCAGUUCAAGCACUUUUUGCUCACGUUCAUACCGAGUGAUUGUAGCCGAUUACCUGCGCGUCAGAGCGGUGAGCCGGUCGAUCCUCAACGCCCGCUGUAUGUUCAACGCAUGGAAGAUAUGGCGUUGUCAGGUUCCACCGCAUUGGACAUAGACUGCGAUCAUCUUCGGCAAACCCGACCGGAUCUGUGUACUCAAUUGGUCACAUUCCCAAAAGAAGUGAUCCCUGCUUGUGACGCAGCUGUGAAUGCGCUGUUCCUCGAUCGAUUCCGCGAUGUGCAACUGGAGCGAUCUAUUCAGAUUCGCCCCUUCAAUUGUGGUCGCUCACGCACUCUUCGUAGUUUGGAUCCGGACGAUCUAGAUCAGUUGGUUACAGUAACCGGACUGGUCAUUCGUCUCUCCUCUUUGAUCCCGGAAAUGAUGCGUGCUGAAUUCAAGUGUGCCGUGUGCGGGGCACUCACUUCGGUCCCAUGCGAACGUGGCUGUGUAGCCGAACCGGAAGCGUGUGUUCGAUGCCACUCGGCUCAUACUGCUCAGCUGCUUCAUAAUCGAUGCCUAUUUGUCGAUAGACAGAUGAUCAAAUUGCAGGAAUCUCCGGAGAACAUGCCUGCCAGUCAAACUCCGCAUACGGUUGUGUUAUACGUGCACGAGGAGUUAGUAGACAAAAUGAAACCUGGAGAUCGCGUAGUCAUCACUGGAAUCUAUCGUGGUAUUCCUUUGCGUGUUUCCAAUCGUCAACGGACACUCAAGGCGGUCUACAAAACCUACAUUGAUGUUCUUCAUUUCAGGCAAGUUUUUCCCGCACAACACUCGUUUUUAUGUAGUAACACCUGUAUCGAUUUACGGGACUGUGCUCAAUUAGAUGUGGUUGACUUCCAAGAUGAAGGGUUGCGUGGUGAUGCUGCCUCGCACGUAGAUCGCAGUUCAACCGAUCGCGAUGCUUACAAAAAAUUCACAGACGAUCGUGUUCAAGAGUUUCAAGCCCUGGCUCGGAAACCGGAUCUGUACGAGCGUUUGUCCGCGGCGAUCGCACCGACUAUCUAUGAAAAUGAAGACGUAAAGAAGGGAAUCUUGUUGCAGCUGUUCGGUGGUACUCGAAAGGAUUUCUCCGCAAAAGGUCGUGGUGAUUUCCGGUCAGAAAUCAAUGUGUUGUUGUGUGGUGACCCAGGUACUUCCAAGUCACAGUUACUGCAGUACGUCUAUCGCCUGACUCCUCGCGGACAAUACACUUCGGGGAAGGGCAGUUCUGCGGUCGGUUUGACAGCGUUCGUGACCAAAGAUCCAGAAACACGCCAACUCACCCUUCAAACCGGUGCUCUAGUGCUUGCUGAUAAUGGCAUCUGUUGUAUCGACGAGUUCGACAAGAUGACCGACUCCACGCGUUCGGUGCUGCAUGAGGUGAUGGAACAGCAGACACUCAGCAUCGCAAAGGCUGGUAUUCUAUGCCAGUUGCACGCACGCACAUCCAUCUUGGCCGCGGCCAAUCCGGUCGGUUCAAAGUGGGAUCCGCACAAAACGAUCAUUGAUAAUAUCCAGUUACCUCACACCCUGUUGUCCCGAUUUGAUUUGAUCUUUCUCAUCCUGGACCCACAAGACGAAGUUUACGAUGCUCGUUUGGCACGCCACUUGGUCAGUCUGUACUAUUAUCGCGGUUCGGAUACGGAAACGAGCGGGUCGGAUAGUAGUACGGUUGCCCGUGGCGCACCCCUCGGUGUUAUGCAUGUCGAUGGGGAGGAGGAAAGCUCCAUGACCGUGGAAUUCUUCAAAGACUAUAUCGCUUAUGCGAAGGCGAAUUUCCAACCGAAAUUGAGCGAAGAAGCCGGGGAGUAUUUGGUGCGUGAAUACGUGGAAAUGCGGAAAUUGGGUGCCGGUCGAGGACAAAUUUCUGCUUAUCCGCGACAACUAGAAUCGCUUGUUCGACUUGCCGAGGCACAUGCCCGUCUACGCCUGUCGAACGAGGUGACUGCAGACGAUUGUCGCGAAGCCCGUCGAUUGCAGCGCGAAGCUCUGAAACAGGCCGCAAUCGAUCCAGUCACCGGGACCAUUGACAUCAACAUCUUGACAACCGGUGUGAGCAACAGCAUGCGUAAACGUCGCGAGGAAAUGGCUUCCGCUAUCUGGGCCCUUCUGGAAGAGCGUCCACGUGUGCUUACGUUCGUCUAUGCUCGUGUGCUGGAGGAGCUGCGCUCGAAAUCCGAACGGCUCAUCAGCCGGGAGACCUUUGAGGAUGGAUUGAAUAUGUUGAAAAAUGCGAACAAAAUCGACUGGGCCGGGAACACUAUCAGAAAACGCUAG